AUGUCUCUUGCCACACGAUCUGUUACACGUAUUUUCACAUCAUCAAUUCGAACGAACAAUCUCGCUUGUGUACAAUCAAAAUGUUUUUCAUCAACACAAGCAACCGAUUUAAAAGAAGUUCUCAAAGAUCUCAUACCAAAAGAACAAAAACGCGUAGCUGAAUUUAAAGCUAAAAAUAAAGAUGUACCACUUGGCCAAGUAACUGUUGAUAUGAUCUAUGGUGGUAUGCGUGGUAUUAAAGGUCUUGUCUAUGAAACAUCAGUAUUAGAUUCAAACGAAGGUAUCCGCUUUCGUGGCAAAACAAUAACUGAAUGUCAAGCAGAAUUACCAAAAGCUAAAGGAGGUGACGAACCAUUACCUGAAGGUCUCUUUUGGCUUUUAGUUACAUCACAAGUACCAACUCAACAACAAGUUGAUUGGGUAACAAAAGAAUGGAAUAAUCGUGCUGAUAUUCCUCAACAUGUUGUAACUAUGUUGAACAAUUUUCCAGCACAACUCCAUCCAAUGUCACAACUUAGUGCUGCUAUUACAGUUCUUAAUCUUGGUUCGAAAUUUGCUAAAGCUUAUUCCGAAGGUGUACCGAAGUCAAAAUAUUGGGAGUAUGCUUAUGAAGAUUCAAUGGAUUUAAUUGCUAAAUUACCAACAAUUGCUGCUAUUAUCUAUCGAAAUUUAUAUCGUGAUGGUACAGCUGUUGGCGCAAUUGAUUCUAAAAAGGAUUGGUCAUGGAAUUUUGCAACUAUGUUAGGUUAUGAUAAUAAACAAUUUGUUGAAUUACUUCGUCUUUAUUUAACAAUUCACAGUGAUCAUGAAGGUGGUAAUGUUAGUGCUCAUACAAGUCAUCUUGUUGGUAGUGCACUUUCAGAUCCAUAUUUAUCAACUGCUGCAGCUAUGAAUGGUCUUGCUGGACCACUUCAUGGUCUUGCCAAUCAAGAAGUAUUGAUCUGGAUAACAAAAUUAGUUGAAAAAUUAGGUGAAACACCAAAUGAAGCACAAAUUACACAAUAUAUUCAUGAUACACUUAAAACAAGUGUUGUACCCGGUUAUGGACAUGCUGUCUUACGUAAAACUGAUCCACGUUAUACAUGUCAACGAGAAUUUGCACUUAAACAUUUACCAAACGAUAAUAUGUUUAAAAUAGUUUCACAACUUUAUAAAGUUGUACCAAAAGUACUUGGUGAACUUGGUAAAGUUAAAAAUCCAUGGCCCAAUGUUGAUGCUCAUUCAGGUGUUCUCCUUCAACAUUAUGGUAUGAAAGAAAUGAACUAUUACACUGUUUUAUUCGGUGUCUCACGAGCACUUGGUGUUCUCUCACAAAUGAUCUGGUCUCGAGCAUUAGGAUUUCCAUUAGAACGACCAAAAUCAUUAUCAACUGAUGGUCUCAUGGCUAUAGUAGCUGGACAGAAGAAAGCCGGCACAGAAGCAGGACAAAAAACCAAAGCUGCUUAA